GCAGCAGAGCAGAAGAAGCGUCUUGCAAUCACCUCCCGCACACGAGAAAAAACUCUUUGCAAUCACCUAGCCAUGGCUAACAACGCGAGCAUGUUGGCCAUGAUCAUGGCGUGCGCGCUCCUCCUCGCCAGCAGCUCGUGCCACGCCGCGCGCAACCUGGCCGAUACGACGCCCGCGGCCGCCGCUCCGGCUGCUAGCACCGUACCUGGCCUGCCGGCCGUGCCGGCUUUACCUUCCGUGCCCACGGACACAGUCACCCUGAUGCCACCCAUGCCAUCGGUCACCCUCCCAACCGUGCCGCAGGUGACUCUGCCACCCAUGCCGGCCAUCGUCGUGCCCAAGGCGGUGUUGCCGCCGAUGCCCAAGGUCACCCUCCCCACAGUGACGAUGGUUCCGAUGCCCGCGAUUGUCGUGCCCAAGGUGACGCUGCCGCCGUUGCCCUUCGUCCCGAAUGUGAACGUGCCUAUGCCGUUUGCAGCGCCACCCCCGUCGGCAUAGCCGGUGCUCUCACCCUGUCCAUGAUGUAUUGAUGGGGUGUCUUCCAUGUGGUCACGACGCUUAUGUACUUACUUGCAAGCUCUGCGCUUUAAGCGUGAUGUUUCAGUAGAUCCUACGUUUUGUUUACGUCUCAGUGUAUGUACUCCUAGUCUUUUUUUUAGACGUGUAUGUACUCUCAGUCUGAUGCUGCUAGCGUUUGACUGUUGAGGAAUCGUCCCAUUUUAUUUUUUUGAAGAGUCAUCCCAUUGUAUGUAUACUUUUUGUUAUUUCAAUAUACACAUUAUACUAUUUUGUAAGAGCA